ACGUCACUUUGCCGGCAGCUCCCCGUCUUGGGCUGGAGCAGGAGCCGGAGCGGCUUUAUUAUCAGCUGGAGGGAGGGAGGAGGAGACGGUGCAUAAAGGGGCGAGCGCGGAGCUCUGAGCCCCGCCGCCGCUCGCUGCGCCUCCCUCGCCGCCCGCUCGCCGUCCCUCCGGCGGGCAGCGGCCGCCCGAGCCCCCGCAGAUAGGAGCGCAGCCUCCGCCACCUGCCCCCGCCGCCCCGCGCGUUUUGCAGCAUCAUCGGCAGCAGCCGCGGGGGCAGGCGGUGCCGCUGUCCGCCCGCGGGGCUAGGGGCAGGUGCCGCGCCGCGCCGGAGGCCCCGCUCGCCCCUGUGGCCGCGGCGCGCAGCUCCGGCGCCCCGCGCAGCGCCCGGGCGGUCCGAGCCGCGGGGCGCCCGUGGCUGCGGCUGCGGCGCGCCCAUGUGAGCCCCGGUCGCGGCGUGCCCGCCCGCGGCGCGGAAGGCUGCGCACCCUCCGGCCGUGCGCGCCGGCAGCGGCGGCGGGAGCAGGAGGAGGCCGUCGGGGCAGUGCUGGAGUGAGCAUGGUGUCCUGGCGGCGGAGGCCGGGGCCCGGCCUGGCGCGGCUGUGGGGCUUGUGCUGCCUGGUGCUGGGCUGCUGGCCGAGUGCGCUGGGCUGCCCCGCGUCCUGCGGGUGCAGCUCCUGGCGGAUCUGGUGCACGGGAUCGUCGCCGGGCAUCGCCUCCUUCCCCGUGCCGCAGAGGAUCGCCGAGGGCGACAAUGUUACCGAGAUUUACAUCGCAAACCAGCCGAAUUUGGAAAGUAUCAAUGACAAUGAGGUUGGAUUUUAUGUUGGACUUAAAAAUCUGACUGUGGUGGAUUCAGGCCUAAGAUUCGUGUCCCGUCAUGCAUUUGUGAAAAAUGUGAACCUACAAUACAUCAAUUUAUCCAGAAACAAGCUCUCAAGUUUGUCCAAGAAGCCUUUUCGCCAUCUGGGUUUGUCUGAUCUGAUAUUGGUGGAUAAUCCAUUCAAGUGUUCCUGUGAAAUCAUGUGGAUCAAGAAAUUUCAAGAGACCAAGUUUUACACAGAAACUCAGGACUUAUAUUGCAUAGAUGACAACAACAAGAAGACAGCCUUGCUGGAUAUGAAGGUCCCAAACUGCGACUUGCCCUCAGCAAACUUAAGCAAUUACAACAUCACCGUGGUGGAAGGAAAGAGCAUCACGCUGUACUGUGAUACUACUGGUGGGCCACCCCCUAAUGUGUCCUGGGUGGUAACUAAUCUUGUUUCAAACCAUGAGAGUGACACAAAUAAGAACCCUGCCUCUCUCACCAUCAAGAAUGUCUCAUCAAUGGACAGUGGACUGGAGAUUUCCUGUGUAGCAGAGAACAUUGUGGGAGAGGACCAAGCCUCUGCUGAGCUUACGGUAUUCUUUGCACCAAAUAUCACAUUUAUUGAGUCUCCGACUCCGGACCACCACUGGUGUAUUCCAUUCACUGUGAAAGGGAACCCUAAGCCCACAUUGCAGUGGUUCUACGAAGGAGCUGUACUGAAUGAGUCUGAAUACAUCUGUACUAAAAUACAUGUUAUCAAUCAAAGUGAAUACCAUGGCUGCCUUCAGCUGGACAAUCCUACACACCUGAAUAAUGGUGCUUAUACCUUACUGGCAAAGAACGAUUAUGGAGAGGAUGAAAAACGGGUUGAUGCUCAUUUCAUGUCAGUGCCUGGAGAUGGUAAUGGCCCAAUUUUGGAUCCAGAUGUUUAUGAGUAUGAAACCACACCUAAUGAUCUUGGAGAUGCCACAAAUAACAGUAAUCAAAUCACUUCAACGGAUGUUUCCAACAAAGAGAAUGAAGAUAGCAUCACUGUGUACGUUGUUGUGGGAAUUGCAGCACUGGUGUGCACAGGCUUAGUAAUAACCCUCAUUAUUCUGAAGUUUGGAAGACAUUCUAAGUUUGGGAUGAAAGUAAAUAGCGCUGUGGCUGGACCUACUGAAGAAAAGCUGUUGAAGACAGACAUUUGUAGGAAAAGAGGCCAUAGAAGAAAAACUAAGGAAUAUGUUGAGGAGGGAAAACCUGUUCAUGGUGAAGUAAAAGGAGUUGGUCUGGUAGAUCAGAUAUGGCUUUCAUUGCAAGACUGCGACAAUGAAGAACAAGUAAUGGUGGCUGUCAACAGUGAUGUACAUAAUAACUCAACUGCAUCAGAUAACAACAGACUAGGUUUUGUUUUAUUUCAUAAGAUCCCACUGGAUGGGUAAAUGAAAUAAGGAAAAGAUGAGAGAGGGGCUGUUGAGCUUGUGGAAUCUGUAUGCUGCACUGUAGGGAGUGGACAGUGUUCUUGCCCAAUGAAGUGCCACCUCCCUUGGAUUUCUCUUUUAAACAUUGGUUAUGUUUGGAGAACUAUACAUUCAAAUCAGUAGCUGUUUUUCCAAGAGCAGGGAAAGGUGAAGCCCUGAGGCAGCUAAAAAAACUCAAGAAAUUCCAGAAAUAAGCUACCACACCCUUUCCUAUUGCCUUGUCCUCACUGUGUCUUCCAAAAUGACAUUGAAAUGAAAUUAUAUUGUUUUCUCUGUCAAUUUUUUUUUUCUGUUUGAGCUUAACUGGAAAGAUGUUGUUUUUAUAAAUAAUAUUUAUCAAAGGUGAACUGCAAAGCUGCUUUUAUUUUAUUGAAUUAACACCUCUGCAAAAAUUUCUACAAUGCUUAGUUUGAGUGUGUGUGCAAGCUCACUGAUUUCUGUGGAAAUGCUCACAUCCUUAAAGUUAAGUUCUUGUAUAUUGGCAGGAUAUGGUCUUAACUCCUGAAGCAGCAAAUUGCAGAGCUGGCCCUGCAAAUCUUAUGUAUGUAGUUCCACUGACUUUACCAGGAAGAUGGGGAGUCUAAGUUAUAUACAGAAAGGUGGCAGUACUUUUUGGUAUUUGGGUAUUGAACCGGUGCCAUCAGUUAGACAUUCAAUCAGGUUGUGCUUACUCAAGAUAGUCCCUAAGUUUGAAUAAGCACACAAAUCUAUAGUAGGCCAGUGCUGAUUCUGAGCCAAGAGCAAGAAGAACAAUGUGGCUGGUCCUUCAGAUGUAGACUUAGAGGCUUGUUUAACUGUCCAUAUUUAACUGUGAAGUAUGCUUCAGAAUGUGCUUCACAAUACUGCAGAGAAGAGUCUACUGUAACAAGUAAAGCCAAAUGAAGGCAUGAGCAUAUUUCAAGAGCAGGGCUGCAUUUAGAUAUGGUACUAGAAAUUAAUUUUCAUUAGAUUUAUGUAUCAAAUCCUGAGGAUCUACUUUGAUCUUUUCCAUUUAGGGAAUUUUAAGUAUGAAGUUUCAGGGAUUUUUUAACUGAGAGUUAGCUACAAAGACUAGUAGGGAAAGACUGAGGUAGAUGCUUACAUUUCUGUGUAUUCUGGUCAAUUUUUUGAGCUAUGAUUUGAAUUUAGUUCCUUACAAUUAUGUUUAAUGAAAUAUAUGGUAUUAUUUUGUCCCUAAUGUAUUUACUUUUCAUUGUUGCCUGUUUUUAAUUUCACCCAUUUUCACUCUUCCAUUGUAACACUAUUGCCAUUUCUUUACUGCAGUCUUUUAAGGCCAUACACCAUCCCUCUCUUGCUACAGUACUGUCUUGACACUUUAAUUCUGUUUCUGUGUAUUUACUUGCUUUUUGCCUUCUAAGACUCUUAAUACUUCAAUUUUUUUCUUGUGUUCUCUUGAGUCUCUUGCAUUCAAGUUCUUUAUUCCUGCUGUGCUCAAGUUUCAGAAAUAUCCUUAUUAGUCAAGACACGUGUCCACAUUUGCAUACUUCUAGGCCUAUAUAGGGAGAUACUUCCUUUCCCUUUCCACUAGUUAGGGAAGGGGAGAUGCAGUCGCUAAAAAUCUGUCCCAAAGAUGUAUUCUACUCCCCACAUUAAAGAAGAGGACAGAGCUGGAAGUCUACUGAUGACCUAGGAAUCGUGUUGUCUUUGUCACCCUGCACAUACUGUGGUGAUUUGGGGAGGGAUGGCAGCAAUUAAGGAUAUCCAUCAUAGUUCCUGUUUGAAGUUAGAUGUCAUCAAGUGCUCUGCUGUUCCUGAGAAAGAGUAUUAGGAAUGUCUGCCUUUUUUCCUCCCUAAGUCUGUGUCUUAUAAGACAUGGUUUUAUUUUCCAGAGAUCAUAACUUUCUCUUCUGCUUACUGACUCAUUUUACCUUCCUUUUAAUUAUUUUCUUCUUGGACUUCUUACUUAUCCAUGAAGCUGUCGUCCUGUUGAAAUAAUAUCUGAUAUCAUAGAGGUGAUUCUGAAUCAGUAGACAAUCAUCUAGUGGCAAUAUUUGAACUAAAGUCAGUGGACUUACAUCAAACAAAUACUGGAUCUUGAGCAGAGCUUGACCCGGUAGCCCGAAUUCCAGUUUGAUGUUUUGCUGGGACAAAGUCAGCAUAUUUCAGUUAAGUGUUCACAAUUUAUUGCCAAAUUAAUGAGGUGAGAAUCUGAACCCUUUUCUUUUGGCAGGGUAAAAGCUAACUCGCAAAGCUGGAAUUUGGCAGUUGACUUUUGAAAUAUUUAAUUUUAAAAAGUAGUUCUUUCUGGUUCAUAAUAUUUAUAUGCAUAAAUAUGCACAGUUAUUGAUUGGGGAUUUUACAUAAUUUUUUUGUAAUUUAUUUUGUAGCACUUUGCAGUUCAUCUUUAUCGCAUAGGGGUAGGUUUGACCUUCAAAUGUUUCAGAAUGUACUGACACAGUAUUUUGGAUUUUAUGUAAUCAUGGAGGUAGUUUAAUAAACAACAACUGAUCUAUGCACCACUGAAAUAUAUAUAUAUUUUUUUAUAUCUGUAUUGUAGAAUAUCCUUCUUACAUAUUUUGUACUACAUUAUGUUAGACACUCAGUACAUUAUUACUUGAUGCAGAUAUUCAUGGAACAUUAUGGAUUACAGCACAUGAUUUGUUACUAAUAAUGUCUUAGCACAGACGUUUAAUGCUUGAUGGAAAAAGCCUACAUGUUCCUACAAUGUUUUUUUUCAGUAUGUGGACAGAGCCUCUUAAAGCUAAGGAAGCUAAACUCUUAACAUGGAAAUUAUGACACCCACUAGCUUCUGUCUUUCAGCUUGAUUGUAAGUGACAUUGCUUGUAACUGUAGAGAUUCUGAUUUGCCCAAAUAAUAUUGAUUUACAAAGGGCUCACUUGAUUACAAAUUCUUGACCUCCUUAAAGUGAGACUGAAACUAAAAAACUUACAGGAACCAUUAACAUGGUAAAAAUUGAUGAACAUCAAGGAUUUGACAUUAAAAAGUUUUUAUAUUGUUUUACUGAGCAAUAAAAAAGGCUAUGAAAUGUCUAAAGGCAGAGUUGCUAUUUUUUUUUCUCUGUGCCAGACAUGAAACUAAAAUAAAAGCAUAUUUUUAAAGUUCUGAUAGAAGGGGUUUAUUUGUACUAGAAUUUAUUUUAGAUAGACAUUUAAUAUGCUCAGAGACAUGUUGAGAUAAGCUGUUGAGCAGUUUGAUGGGCAGAUUAGUUUGGGGCCUGGAGAGGAAGCACUGCUGGGGGUGGUGUGAGGCAAGUCAUGUCAUCCAGUCUGUUAAAUAAACCUGUUUCUGUUGAAUGUGAUGGAAGUUUGACCAGUGGCCAGGACUAUGUUGCAAAGAAGUGCAUUGUUCCCAGGCAGAGGUCAGAGCUGCGCUUGCUACAGCUGCCUGUCAUGAAAAGUGAGGCAGGAGCAGUUGCAAAAUGUCUGUUCCUGAGGAAAGCUGUCUAGGGACCAUCUCUUUUUUAGGGGGAAGCUCACAGCCAGGGCAGAGGCUACUAUGAAACAUUUUCAUGGUAAUAUGUGUCUUGACUAUCGUAACCUGUGAAAGGCAGUCUUCACCCUUUCCAUUGCCUUUGUCUACCAGCUGGACCUCUCCCAGGCAGCAGUGAAGCAAAACAUGCAUUUCAGUGGGAGCAAGAUCAAGAUCCUUGGAAACAUCAGACAGUGCCAAGAAAAUCUGUGGACAGCUAGUUGAAAACAAUUUUACUGCAAAUAGUUCUAAUGGGGAUUGCUUUUUCUUUUUUGACUGUUGGAAGAAGGACUAAAAAUCAAUAUUUUCCUAAGAAAGCAAAUUCCUAAGCCUGGUUUUUCAAAAACUAUAAAGCAUAGGAAUUUUGCCAUAUGAAAAUGGCCCAUACACUUCCAAGUGGCUCUGUCAAUAGAAGCCUUAAUACAAAGUUUGUCAAUCCCUUUACCCAGUUGUCUGUGUUGACACCUAAUCACCACCAUGAAGACCAUCACUUUGUUUUCAUCUAUUUUAAUGCUUAAAAACUUGCAAAUGGUUUGUAAAGAUGAAAGUUAUUAUCCAACAGAAAAUAAAAUCACCCUUUCUAAGCUCUUUUUUAUUCAGACAUUUUUCCAGUUAAUAAUAAUAAUUAUUGCUAAUAAUAAUAUUUUAUAAUUUGAGAUAAUUCAAAAUUAUUAUAAUAUAUAUAAUAUAUAAAAUGAUAUAAUAUAUAAUAGAUUAUAUAUAUAUAUAUAUAUAUAUAUAAAAAAUAUUAUAUUAUAUUAUAUUAGUAGAAUGAGCAGCUAAGUAUUUUGUUCAUGUUUUUUUCAAAAGAAAACCCCAAAAGGUUAUGUAAAGGUUUUUAGUAUUUUCUUCUUCUCCAUCAUUCUCUCUGGCUUCUUCUCUUUCUUACCACUUUUUGGUGGUUCUGUUUUUUGUUCUUCAGAGAGCUCAAUGUCCUACUUUGUGACUUGGGGUAAGGUCUCUUCUUAGGGCACAAAUGUGUAGUGUCUUGGAAUAUCCUUUUGAAGGACUCUGUCAUUGAUAUGUGACGGUGUAAAGUACUCUAGAUCAUAACGUAGGUCCAUGUUUUGUGAGAUUUUCAUCAUCUGAUCUCCAGAACAUGAGUUUGUGGGUGGUUGGAAGCAUUCAGCAUGAAUGCAACAUCAUAGGGUGCACAGAGAAUGCUGGUGCUGUGUAUUUCACAUGUCACAGCCCAUUUCAUUGUCCCACUUCCAUAGGAAUGUGUAUGCCCAAACUUUUGAAGCUGACUUCCAUUUGCUCUGUUUUACUUUUGUUCAUACAAAUUAAAUCUGCUCUGAAGAUAGCAAAUGAUGCAUUGUUUGGAAAUAAAUAUAGCUGUUCACUUCCACAAGCAUGUAUGUGACUGAUCUUUGAGAACAUGGUAUUGUCUUUUAAUCAGCCUCGAGAUUAACUGGUUGACUUACUUUCAUCCAAAAAAAAGCAAUAGAUUGGAAGAGCCCACAUGAGAGUGUGUAUUGUUUUAGUAUGGACAUGCUAUAUCCUUUUAAUUUUAAUAGCAACCUUCCAUGACUGGCUAUAUUUUUGCAGCUGCAAGGAGUGUGUUGGAUAAGCACGUGUUCUGGCCUGCAGCAGAGUUGUAGGCAGCAUAGAGCCAAACUGCUUUCAUUUUAAAGAGAGCCAUUCCCCCAUGGUCUCUAGAGGCAGCAAGUCACAGCAGGGUUACUAAGCAGAUUACCUCUUAAUAUAGGAGGAAACUUGUCUCCUUUGCAUACGUUACUUUGGUCCUCAGCUGGAAUGACAAGAACAACAAUAAAAUUUCAGGGAACUAUCUGAUAUUCUAGGAAGUAAAGGUUAAAGUCAUGGCUUUCUUAUGAUAGCUAUGUUUUUCUUUGAUGUAAGCAGAAUAGGGCUUCCUUGUCAGGUGUGUCCACCAAACAGAAAAGAAAUCCUGAUUUUUUCCUAAGUAUUUUAGUGUUUUUAGAGGGUUUGUUUGUUUGGUUUUUUUUAACACAGCUAUUUCAUAGGUAUCACUGACCUUACUAGUGUCUGAGCAUAAUUGGGCUGCCACACCACUGCACAAACCCAAGACCAGAGUCUUAAACAAAUACACUUCAAAUCUUUCACAGCCAUUCAGAGCGCUCUGUUCCUGACUCUUUUUUUUAUAUUUCAGGCUCAAUUUAAAAACAGGAAGAGUCAUUAAGUUGAUUUAAAAGUACAGGACUUUAUAUUUUCCUAAAAUAUUUUUCCAAAAAUAUUUUUUUCACACAUGGAGAAAGGUAAUAUUCUAAAUUUUAGAGUAAAAUUGCCUUCUGCCAUAGCAUCACAUCAUGAAAGCCAAAUAGCAGAACAGAGACAGUGGGCAGAAACUGAUGCACAGGAAGUUCCACCUGAACAUGAGGAAGAACUUCUUUGCUGUGCAGCUGACCAAGCACUGGCACAGAUCAUCCAGAGAAGUUGUGGAGUCUCCCUCAGUAGAGAUAUUCAAGAACCAUCUGUACCCAAUCCUGUGCCAUGGGCUCUGGGAUGACCUGGCUUGAGCAGGGAGGUUGGACCAGAGGAGCCAUUGUAGUCCCUUUCAACUUGAUCCAUUCUGUGAUUCCAUGGUUUUAAAAAUUAUUUGCUGUUAUCCUUCAGCAAGCUGUGAGUCUUUUCUCCCACUCUUCCCUCUAAUUCUUUGUGUUGAAAAUCUUUCAUGUUUCUUUUAAGUAACAGACAAUCAUUGUUUUUAUUCCCAGAUGCUACCACAACACUUUGCACAAUUUAUAAAAAAUGUAUUACAUGAAAUUACUUUUAACAGGCCAAUAAAGUUCUAUAAUUUCA